CACGUCACUAGGUGGCGAAUGUCAAAUAUUUACCCCUGAUACCACAGUACAUACAAGGACAUAUUCAAUGCGAACACGUGCAAUGGUUCACACCUACUUCAAUACAUCGACUUGAAAAGCUAAACUUCCUUAUCUGGUGAUGGAUCCGGCUCUCUCAGACGACGAAAUCCCCGAACUUAUUCAACCCGAAGACGCCAUUCCCGAACUCGUUCCCACCGAGACAACAAAACAGGAACAAAGCAAGGUGCCAAUAACUAUCGUCACGGGCUAUUUAGGUGCCGGGAAGACCACACUACUCAAUUACAUCCUCACGGAGCAACACGGCAAGAAGAUAGCCGUCAUUCUUAACGAAUUCGGUGAUUCGAUCGACAUCGAAAAACAACUCGUAGUCUCUGAUGCCAACAGCACAGAAGCAAAGCCCAUACCCUUCGUACCCCUAGCCAACGGGUGCAUAUGCUGUUCCGUGAAAGAUGUUGGAGUUGCAGCAAUUGAGAAUCUCAUGGAGCAGCGGGGCAAAUUCGACUACAUCCUUCUCGAGACCACUGGCCUUGCUGAUCCCGGGAACAUCGCCCCGCUGUUCUGGUUGGACGAUGGUCUAGGGAGUAGUAUCUUCUUAGACGGCAUUGUGACGCUGGUCGACGCCAAGAAUGUCCUGAAGAGUCUGGAUGAGGGGUACGGAGAUGAUCCAAAGCUGGAGGAGGAGAGGGGCCACGACGAGCAUGGUUUGCUACUCACAACGGCCCAUCUCCAGAUCAGCCAUGCCGAUGUCAUUCUGGUCAAUAAGUCGGACUUGGUGUCCGAGCAGGAGCUGAGCAAUGUGGUUGAGCGGAUACGGUCCAUCAAUGGGCUGGCGAAAAUUGAGGUCACGGAGAGAAGUCGAGUGCCGCAGCUGGAGGGCAUGUUGCUAGACCUGCAUGCAUAUGAAGAAGUGAAAGAUGCAGAUCUGCGCUUUACGAGCAAGGGCCAUAGCCAUAUGGAUCCGACCAUAUCCACAAUAACAAUCAAUUUCCCGCCACUCAGCGAGGAGCAGGUCGAUCAGUUCGACAGAUUUCUGCGCCUCAUUCUCUGGGAAAACACGCUCCCGGACGAUAUUCAGCAGAAGCCAUUCGAAAUCCACAGGCUAAAAGGUAGGAUCCCAGUCAAGGACGGAAGAGUCCUUCUGAUCCAAGGGGUCCGCAGUGUGUACGAAACGACAGAGGCUCAGUCAUCAAACGAUGAUCAGGCAAAGCUAGUUCUUAUCGGGCGAGGCUUGGAUGAACCGCUAUUUCGCGAAAGCGUUCUAGCCACCUUGUCGCGAUGAUAUUGAGAAAUGGUAGAACGAGGCCUUGGCUCUCGCCUGAGGGGACAAGACGCCCUGGAACCAGAGUUGAUUCUAUAUAGACAUCAGCGCCAAUGCUCACAUUCAACGCUUCGCUUCGCUACCAUGCCUCUUCUCAAAACCGCUCUGUACAAUACAAGCAUGCAUGCAUCAGGAUGCUCAACUCCUGACGCCGAUUAAGAAUGGCCAGACGUCAAAAUGUCUCCGUCCACGU